UGUUACGUUUGUUUGAAAUCAAACGGCAACCGUGGCCCGUUGGUUGCCGAGUGCGCCCGAUCUCCCGCACGUCCCCCUGGCCAUGCACUGCCGGUUGUAGCCGUAGGAGCGACCGGGGGCAUCAACGUUUCGUCGCGGCACGCGGAGAGACCCGGGACGGACACGCACACGCGAGCCCGCGCCGUUGUUUGGUCGGUGGACCAGGUUUUUUUUCACUAUCCUCACCCGGUGUUUCGUCCCGGCGGCGAAGAAGUCUUCCCCCCUCCUCCCCCCCUAGUCCGAGGAUUACACACGUCGACGUUGUCGAGACGUCUUCGAUUGAUUUUCCUCCGCGCGUGAAGAGGGUUACCCGUCGUCGCGAGAGCCACGACGAUAAUGGCCACGAUCAGGAUACACCAGGAGGAUCAGGAGAACCGCAUCACCGCCGACCUGCGCGGCCGCGGCAAGGAGAACCUCGCCGCCGCCGCAGCGAGCGCACAGACGCAAGUGCACCAGAAGCGCGCCGUCCUCGGUGUCCUGCACAACAAUUGUCCACGGAACGGGACGAAGUCCGAGAUUUACAAAGAUGAGAAAUAUAUCAAGGCAAAAACAUUUAUAUCCACGCAACCUGAGCCCUUUAAAAUUUAUGAGGAGAACUUGUACAAGAAGGAGGAACCAGCCUUCGAGAUUUAUGAGGAUAAAUUGGAUAAAGAGACGUCUGUCGCGCUUAGGCACUCGAAGGAGAAGAAAGAGGUGAAGGCUGUGCAAGAGACAACCGCAAAGCUCGACAGAGAACAGCCGAGAUUAGAAAUACGCACUGCAGACAGCACAUCUACUUACGUAUUUUGUAGUAAGAUCGAAGAAGUCUGUCCGAAUAAGCAGGAUGAUGUCUUAUCGAAGGACAGCCCCAUGUCUGUGGGAAUGUCAUUGGAGAAGUCCCUCACAUAUAGCAGUUCUUCCAAUGAUGAGUAUAGAACCAGAAGGGAAUGCAAUAAAGAAUUAAGAACUAGUUUCUUUGAUGUAGACGAAUACAGGGCCGAUAUAUACAAUUAUUUACGAGUAUCAGAGUCAAUGCAUAGACCAAAGCCUGGUUACAUGAAGAAACAACCUGAUAUUACAUAUUCAAUGAGGUCUAUAUUGAUAGAUUGGUUGGUGGAGGUAGCUGAAGAAUAUCGAUUACAAGAUGAGACGCUUUACUUGGCUAUCUCGUAUAUCGAUCGCUUUUUGUCGUAUAUGAGCGUUGUAAGAUCUAAGUUACAACUCGUUGGAACUGCCGCUAU